AUGGCGUGCCAGGUCAAGGGAAUCGCUUUCAUCACCGGUGGUGGCUCAGGAAUCGGCAGGAGUACCGCAAUAGCCUUUGCGCAGAACGGAAUUAGCGCAGUAGUCCUUGUCGACUUGAACCUAUUCCUCCUCGAGCGAAUCCGCGAUGAACUCCGAGCCCAAUUCUCGAACCUCGACGUGGAAAUACUUGAAGUGAACGUUGCCAAUGAAGAGUCCGUCAAUGCCGCAGUGGAACGGACGGCAGGUCGAUUCGGUCGCAUCGAUAUUGGUAUCAACUGCGCCGGAAUUAGUGGAAUACCCACGCCCACGGCGCAGAUGUCCCUGGCGGAAUGGCAGAAGGUCAUCGAUGUCAACCAAACGGGAGUCUGGCUGUGUCAGAGGGCCUUGAUUCGGCAGAUGUUGAAGCAGGAUUCUCGCGGUGUUCGUGAAGGUCGGGGCGUGAUUGUCAACGUUUCGUCGAUGUUUGGCGUUGCGGGACCCCCUGGACCGUUUAGCAUCCCGCACUACACAGCUGCGAAGCAUGCUGUCGUGGGUCUUACCAAGAUGGACGCCAAAGCAUAUUCCCGCGAAGGAAUUCGCAUCAAUGCGAUCUGCCCUGGCUUUGUCGAUACACCCAUCAUCAAAGAGCAGAUCGAAUCUGGAUCGAUGAAUGCCGCAUUUGAAAUGACCCCCAUCGGCCGGCCGGCCCAAGUCGAAGAGAUUUCGGAUGCCCUUCUCUUCCUCGCAUCUCCCAUGAGUAGCUACAUGUGCGGUGCCGCCUUGAUAGUGGAUGGAGGAAAUACUGUUUGA